GUGUGUUCAGCAGGCAGCGACAUCAUAGCAUCAAGUUUCCCUCGCUUUCAGCGUUUCGAUUUGGGUUUGUUUAAAAGUUCAUGCUGCAAAUAUCUAAUAUAUCUGUCCUGGAAACCCGAUGUGUUUUCGCUGCCGAUGCCUGAUGUGACAUUAAACUUGUUGCGGAAGCAGUGUGGAUGCUUUGCUUAAAAGCAGCACUGAGUGAUGAAGGUCCAUGGGAAAAUUCUGCAUCAGUAUCUGUUGAGCAGUUCACCUGUGGAUAAAGAGGGAUUCAUCUACAAGAAGGGCGAGCUGAACACGUCCUAUCAGAAGCGCUGGUUCACUCUUAAAGGAAACCUGCUGUUCUACCGCGAUCGGCCGGCAGACAGAGACGUGCUGGGUGUGAUUGUUCUCGAGGGCUGCUCUGUGCAGCUGUGUGAAUCAGAUGAGCAGUUCGCCUUCUCCCUCGUGUUCAGUGAGCCUGGUCUUCGCACAUAUAAGUUCUCUGCAGGGGAUGAGUUGAGUCAGGAGGGCUGGGUUAAAGCCCUUCUCUCGGCUCAACACGGUUUCCUCCGUGUCCUCCUCACUGAUCUACGGCAGCAGUACCUGGAGGCAGCCAAGGCGGCAGGCGUUGAAGCAUUGGACUGCUUCUCUGUAACAGCAGAAAGCAUGGCUCAUUCACAGAAAUCUGGAUCAGUGUUCUACACACAGAGCGCAUCAGGACAACCUGCAACAUCCAGCAACAACCUCCUACAGGCCCCACCCACAACCAACAAAACAGCCAACAAGAAAUCAUCCAAGCUGUGGCCGAUGAGACACACUAAUGUGACGCCCGGCAAUGCCACAGCCCCUCCUCUAGGGGAGCAGUCUGAUCUCGCAAAUGAUUUCAGUAAACUGCAUGAAGCUUAUGGGAAGGAAGUGAGAGAUCUGAUAGCUGAUUGGAAGAAGAAGAGGAGGGGAGAGACAAUAGAGGGGAAAUUUAUCGAUUUAGGAUGAAUGAAUAAAGGAAAGGUGCCUCUGCGAGAUUGAGUCAUAUGCCUAAAGAGGGAUUGUCAUGGAAAAAAACAUGUUUAUUUUCAGUGUUACUUUUUUAGUUGAAGUAUUGUUGAAGCACUCAAGACCCAUAUUUUACUGUUUAAAUCAUAUUAGGUUCUUAGAGUGCAAUGAAAGCAUGAGUUUUGGGAAAUCUGUGCCAAUAAUUAAUAUUUUAACACUCAUUAUAAGCAUAAUCUCAUGCUGUGUUUAAUACUGUAGAUACAUAAACCUUUGUUAGGGUAGCCACUGUAUUUGAGUUGAUGCAAUAUAUGACAAUGAGGUUGUGAAGGAUAGAAGUGCAGUCCAUUAAAAGGAAUAGUUCACCCAAAAAUGAAAAUUCUCCCAUUUACUCACCCUCAUGCCUUCCUGGAUGUGUAAGACGUUCUUUCUUCUGAUGAACACAAAUGUAGAUUUUAAGAAUAUUUCAGCUCUGUAGGUCCAUACAAUACAAGUCAAUGUUGACCAAAAUGUUGAAGCUCCAAAAUCACAUAAAGGCAGCUUAAAAGUUAUCCAUGUGACUCCAGUGGUUAAAUCAAUUUCUUCAGAAGUGAUAUGAUAGGUGUGGGUGAGAAACUGAUUCAUAUUUAAAUCCUUUUUUACUAUAAAUCUCCACUUUCACUUUCACAUUCUUUUCUUUUGAGCGAUUCACAUUCUUCGAGCAUAUCAUCACCUACUGGGCAGGGAGAACAAUUUAUAAUGCAAAAGUUUUGUUUCAUAAAACGGCUACAACCGUGAUUGUAAUGGACAUAAUUUGAUGUUCAACUGAACUUUCAAAGUUUUGACAUUAACUUUAUUGCCACCUGCUGGUGGAAUCUCCAAACUGCAAUUAAAACUGAAUUUAGACUUUGCGCUGAAAAUAGACAUGGUCCUAAAACAUUUUAGUGCAGUUAACUAUUUCUUAGGAAAUAGCAAAUUGCCAACUUCAUUAACACGUAUACACCCACGGCCACUUGUGCUUUACACAACCACAGAAAGGCUUUGCACUGCACCCUAUAUAUUAUGCCGUUCUUCUUUUCAAGUAUAAUUUUUUUCUUGAUUUAAGGAUGUUUAGAUAUUUUCCUGAAAAAAAAGACAAACAUACUCCAUAAGACGAGUUUUUUUUUCAGUGACUUAAAUGUAUAUAAGAAAAAUGCACGACUCGAGUCUCAUUAAUAAUUAAAGGCUCAUGUAAUUUUAAGCAACUGGCAAAUGAUGAGCAUAGUGAAGUAUUGAAUGAUGUAAAAGUACAACAAUCUGUUCUUUGAUCUUGGGGUAUUUGACUUAUAGGUGGUACAUGAAGAAAGAGUCAGUGCUGGAUGACCCAGUGAUGGGGGUCACAGGUGAUGGGGUGAAAAGGUCAUGCGCUUACAGGGCAGAACAUAGCAGACAUUAGUGAAAGUGUAUGUGUGUGUGUGUUGGAAAGUUAUGCUGGAGAGGAUCAGGAGGAUCCCACACUUGGGAUUGGUUCAUUUGUUCAGAUUGGUGUGUGUGUGUGUGUGUGUAAA